AUGGUCCGGAGAACCUCGUUGGCUCGCAUAGCGGCUACUGUCGCUGCAUUGAGUCAGAAAACAGGCUUCGGACCCAACCGUUUAUAUCGCAAGGGAGUUCAUUUUGUUGGCACGGAACCCGACGUCCUGAAAUAUCAUUUGCUUCAAGAUAAGAAACCACAUGAACCAUAUGGGCUGCAAGGAAGCAAUCAUCUUCUACCUGGAAAAGGCAAAAUUCACUCCAGGUUGCCCGUAAAGGUCCACAUGAAAAAAGAUAAAGUUUAUGCAUGGUGUAGUUGCGGGUAUAGCGGUAACCAGUUUCUUUUCCAGCCACUUUGUGAUGGUUCGCACAAUUCUAUCCACGUCCCGGAUUUGAAGCUGAAGCCGGUACGAUUUAUACCUGACAAGGAUACCACGGUUUGGUUUUGCAACUGCAAGCAGACCAAGAAUAGGUGA